AUGUCAGAUGCGGCUGUGGACACCAGCUCCGAGAUCACCACCAAGGACUUGAGGGAAAAGAAGGAAGUUGUGGAGGAGGCAGAGAAUGGAAGAGAAGCCCCUGCCAAUGGGAAUGCUAAUGAGGAAAAUGGGGAACAGGAGGCUGACAAUGAGGUAGAUGAAGAAGAAGAAGAAGAAGGUGGGGAGGAAGAGGAGGAGGAGGAAGAAGGUGAUGAUGAGGAAGAGGAUGGAGAUGAAGAUGAGGUAGAGGCAGCUACGGGCAAGCGGGCCGCUGAAGAUGAUGAGGAUGAUGAUGUUGAUACCAAGAAGUGGAAGACUGAUGAGGAUGACUAGACAGCAAAAAAGGAAAAGUUAUUGAAAAAAGGCCACCGUGACCUAUUCACCCUUCACUUCCCGUCUCAGAAUCUAAACGUGGUCACCUUUGAGUAGAGAAGCAGCCCGCCCGCCAACCACGGGCAGCGCCACCCGCAGGUGACACACGCUCUUCAC